GACAGAUGUGACUAUGUUUUUGUCAAUGGCAAAGAAAUGAAAGGCAAGGUGAAUGCGCUUGUGAACUUCACCUAUCAGUAUCUGAGUGCUCCUCUGCAAAUCACAGUCUGGGUUCCACGCCUGCCUCUUCAGAUCGACAUUUCGGACACAGAACUGAGCCAAAUAAAAGGCUGGCGAGUCCCUGUUGUUUCCAACAAAAGACCCACCAGAGACAGUGAUGAUGAGGACGAAGAUGAGCGCAAAGGAAGAGGAUGCACUCUGCAGUACCAGCACGCCAUGGUGCGAGUCCUCACACAGUUUGUGGCUGAGGAUGCCAGCCCUUGGGGUCAGCUGAGCUACCUGCUGGGCUCUGAUUGGCAGUUUGACAUUACCGACCUGGUGAUGGAUUUUAUGAAACUGGAGGAUCCUCACAUUGCCAAGCUGCAGGAGGGCAGGAUUUUGAUCGGACGGGAAGUAGGAAUGACAACGAUGCAGGUUUUGUCACCUCUGUCUGACUCCAUCCUGGCAGAGAAGACAGUGACUGUGCUGGAUGACAAAGUGACCAUAACAGACCUUGGAGUCCAGCUGGUGGCUGGGCUUUCUCUCUUUCUUCAGCCAAGUGCGGCGAGCAGUCGAGCUAUUGUGGCUACAGCUGUUGCCCAAGAGCUGCUUCAUACUCCUAAGCAGGAAGCUGUGGUAAGCACCUGGAUUCAGUUCAGCGACAGCUCUGUUACUCCACUGGACAUUUAUGACUCGAAGGACUUCUCCCUUUCUGCCGUAUCGCUGGACGAAGGCGUCGUCUCGAUCCACCAGAACUCUGCCUUAAAGUGGCCGAUGGUGGCAGCAGAAGGUGAAGGUCAGGGCACGUUGAUCAAGGUGGACAUGAUGAUUUCUGAAGCCUGCCAGAAGUCCAAGAGGAAAAGCAUCCUGGCUGUGGGGAAUGGCAACAUCAAAGUCAAGUUUGGCCAGAACGAUGCAGACUCCAAUGCAGGUGGAGAUUACGAUGCUGACGAGAUUGAAAAUCAUGCUAGCGACCGGCGGCACAAAGCGUCAGAUCAGGAACGGUACGGCCAGGAUGGGCGAUAUUACGGUAGCUCGUCGGCAGAGCGAGAGGAAGGAGCCAUCAGGAAAGUCAGCACCACAGCGAAAUCCGUAAUAAAAAAUAAAGUCAUUAAGAACAGUAGGCUGGAUGACUUCACCAACUUCCCCGCUCAAGUGGACCUCCCGAAAGGCAAUGCAGACAUGGAGGAAAACGACCUGGUGCAGACACCCAGGGGCCUUAGCGAUUUGGAGAUCGGGAUGUAUGCUCUGCUAGGGGUCUUCUGCUUGGCAAUUCUAGUCUUCCUAAUAAACUGUGCAACAUUUGCACUGAAGUACCGCCACAAGCAGGUUCUGGUGGAAGGACAGACCACCAUGACCCAUUCCCAUGACUGGGUCUGGCUGGGAAACGAAGCAGAACUGCUGGAGAACACGGCAGAUGCAUCGCCUCAGCAGGACGAGCACACAACCAUCAUCGACCGAGGCUCGGGCUGCGAGGAGAGCAACCAGCUCCUCAAUGGCACUGCUCAGAAGAACAUUCAGAGCCAGGUCCACAGGUGUGCUGACUCAGGGGGCAAGCUGGGGAAGGAGCAGAAAUCUGACCCUUUACAUUCGCCGACAUCUAAACGGAAGCGGGUAAAAUUCACAACGUUCACUACCAUCCCACCCGAUGAUGGUUGUCCUACCGUCAACUCCAUCCUGAGUAGCAAUGACGAUGACAUUAAGUGGGUGUGCCAGGAUAUGGACCUGGGGGACUCCAAAGAGAUACGAAACUACAUGGAGAAGUUCAAAGACAAAGUGUAG